GUUGCUGUCCAGUGCUGUUAAAUACCACCAAGAUGCAGAAAUGACAGUGCUAAACCUCUCAUUUGCAGCUUGUGGCUUUCUGGGCAUUUAUCAGCUGGGUGCAGUGGGGGCAUUUCUGAGACAUGGAGAAAAGCUCCUGGCGUCUUUGAACGCUUGCGCAGGGGCAUCCGCUGGAGCUCUGGUUGCUACAGUACUGAUCACUGCCCCUGACAAGUUGGAGCAUUGCAAAGAAUUUACCUACAAGUUUGCCAACAGCGUGCGGAGUCAGAAGCUUGGUGCUGUGACGCCAGGCUAUGACUUCAUGCUUGAACUAAGGGAGGGUCUAGAGGAGAUUCUGCCCCCCAAUGCCCACCAGUUAGCAGCUGAUCGCCUGCACAUCUCCAUAACACACUCCAAGUCUGGCAAAAACAGCAUGGUGUCCAGAUUUUCGUCCCGCAAUGACCUGAUAAAGGUCCUCCUGGCCAGCAGCUUUGUGCCUGUCUAUGCAGGACUGAAGCCAGUAGAGUUUCAAGGACAGACGUGGAUCGACGGGGGCUUCACGGACAGUCUCCCAAUUCUUCCCGCGGGACGCACCAUCACCGUCUCCCCGUUCAGCGGCCCGCAAGACGUCUGCCCCCCUCACACGGGGCGUGGCAGUCUCCACCUGAACCUGGCUAACAUGCGUAUCAUGUUUUCCAAAGAGAACCUUGUGAGGCUCAAUCAGGCUCUAUUCCCUCCUUCAAUAAGCAGAAUGAAAAUGUUUGAUCAAGAGGGUUAUCAGGACGCUGUGAGAUUUCUGAAGAGAGAGGGAUGGAUGCAAUAGAGGGUUUGUUAUUUUUCACAUUGUUUUAGAUUUUCAAAUCUAAAAUAAACCACCAGUCAAAGCAACAGACCUGAACUGGAUCUUCACUCUUACAGUACCAGUGGUCAAACUGGAUGACAGUAACUGUGCAAUGUUAUGUAAUGUCUUUGAUAUGUGGAUGAAAUAUGUAGUAAAAAAAAAAUGCACUGUCAGAAGUGAGGUAUGGUGUUUUCAGGCUUUCAGGUGCUAAUAUGGAAUCUUUUUUUAAAUAAAGCUGAGCUGACCAUGGGUUU